AUGGCCUGGUUUACAGCUUACCUGCCUCUCAUUUCAGUUCUGGCACUGGCAAUGACUUUAAAGGCAACACCCAUCCCACGGGAUGCGGAGUCACUUUUGGCUCUCAAACAGAGCUUUGCUGCCUUUCCUCUCCACGAUUGGCGAGACCGAGAGCUCUCUAACUUCUGCAAUUGGACGGGCGUCACCUGUGACCACUUUAAUCACAGCGUAAUCGCACUCAAUCUGCAAAACAAGGCCAUCUUUGGCUCGUUACCGCUUAGCUUCCCCACCUUUACCCUUCUCACAACGCUGAAUCUUUCCUCUAAUUCUAUAACCGGUGCAAUCCAAUCCUCUGCCUUCGCCUCCUGUUCUGCUCUAGCUUUUCUUUCUCUCGACCGCAACAAUCUCACCGGCACAUUUCCCUUAUCUCUCUCUAACUGCACCGCGCUUCAAAUCCUCGACCUGUCUAUGAACAGGCUUACCGGUUCCAUACCUUCUAGCCUCUCAAAGUUGUCCAAGCUAAAGAAGCUAAUAUUCCAAUACAACAAUUUCACAGGUCCAAUACCUAAUUCUCUGUCAAACUGUACCAAUCUAGUAUCGCUGGAUUUGUGUUAUAACUAUUUAAUCAACGGAACCAUACCCGCUGGGCUCGGCCUUCUCACGAGACUACAAAAUCUGUGUUUAAGCGGUAACCGUCUCACCGGUCCGAUACCCGCAGCCGUAAUCUCCAAUCUGACACAGCUCCGACUAUUAGGGGUGGGACUCAACGAUAUGAGUGGUCCAAUUCCUUCAUGGCUCGGCCAAUGCCCUUACUGGAUCAGCUCUGUGUGGGAGGAAGUCUAUAGGAAGGGACUAUUAUUGCCAUUCUUUCCAUUCUUUAUUCUAUCUAUUGUUAACAAAGAUUCCAGAUUGUUAUUUUCUGCCUGGGCUAUCAGUGGUAUCCGAGCUUUGGAGUUUGGAGUAUAUUUUUAUGUGAAGCAUCUGAAGAUUGCAACUUUCUACAGAAUCAAAAUACGGAAACAAAAAUUGACUCAGUUUUAUUGCCAUUCUUUCCAUUUUUUUUUCUAUCUGCUACUAACAGAGAUUCCAGAUUGUUAUUUUCUGCCUGGGCUAUCAACUAUUAUUCCUCCUCCUCUUGGAAAAAUAUCAUCUCUCACUCUUUUAGCCUUGUACAGGGAUUCCCUCACCGGUAAUAUUCUUAAAUCCCUAGGCCAACUUUCACGCCUGACCGCAUUGAGCGUCUCGGGUAAUCACCUGACAGGCUCUCUUCCGGCUGAGUUGGGGAAUCUUUCAAAUCUACAACUUGGACGGGUAUAUGGAAAUUCACAAAGUGGUAGCAUUCCGACACAGUUUGGCCGACUAAAAUCCCUUCAACAAUUUGAAGCACAGGACAAUAAUUUCAGCGGAAGGAUUCCAGCAGAGAUGAGCAACUGUUCGGCGUUGGGGUUUCUGAGACUGCAGGGCAAUCAGCUUAGCGGGGGCAUACCUCCACAGCUUUGUCGCCUACGCUUCUCAGUGGAACUACAUUUGGAGCAAAAUCAAUUGUCAGGAACGACACCGGGAUCCCUUUCAAACUGUACCAAUCUUCAGGAUCUGUCUCUCAGCUAUAAUCUUCUACACGGUUAUGGAGAUGAUGCCGAAUCGAACCUUGGCCGAACAUAUUCAAGAAAAGACACUGACCUGGAGCAUGUGCUUGAGAAUCGCACGUGGCGUGGCUCAGGGAAUGAAGUACCUUCAUCGUGA